GUUCAUGAGUUUUUUGAAAAAAAAACAAAAUCGUCAUCGGAACGAAAAUUUUGAAAUACCUGCCUAAACUGAAUAUUGCCUAAACAAGAAAAUAUUCCAUUUUGAAAGAUUUGUCAGAACAGCUAGAUGGGCUACUGGAAGGAUAACUUCCCAGGGAGUGAAGCCUACUUCCUACGAAUCAAGAUCGCUCGAGGUGUCGUCGGAUACUCGGUCGUCCUUGGGGGGCUGCUGCUAGCGUAAUUAUCAAAUAACUUCAAAUUCUGUUGGUCACAACAGGUGUAGGAUGUUUUUUCUUGCAUUUACUUGCUAUUUAGCCCGUUGUCAAAGACGCUGAGGAAAAGAGCAGAAGAAGGUGUGGACAAGGAUCCUCUGUGGUUAAAGGACUAUUUUGCUAAACGGAUGGAUGGGAAUGUAAUUUCGGGAACGCUCACCAAAGAAAUUAUGGAUAAAGCGUUCUUGGACAUAGAUAUUCAGGAACACUCUGACUUUACAAGAACAAGAAAGUUCCAAAAGGAAUUGGCCAGUUAUAAGAAAUCCGACGUUCAAGCUCAACAGAAAGAUGAAUAAUUAUGUAGCGAUGUUUAUUCUCUACAGAUUAUCCAUAGACAAGUAGCUACCUAUUAAUGCGAGUGUGUUUUUUAAAGUGAUUAGGGCUUUAGUGAGUUUAUUAUUACGAUACGUAGUUUAUGAGUAGGAUAUAAAUAUUAUUUUUUUCUAAAGCUUCUUUCAUAAUAAUUCAAAAUCCUAUAUAAUGAAUAAAUUAAACAAAUACAAGAAACCACCAGCGAUUAAGCUUCCAGCGCCUCCAAAGAAACCCGUAAGUACCACGAGCAAAAAAAUAUUUGAAGUUUCCUCAGAUUCAGAAGACGACGAUUUUCAAAAACCAAGGUCGAAAGAAUUUGCUGCACCCGCUAGACAAAGGAAGAAUAAAUCUGACGAGCAGAAUAACAUACAAAUUCAUAUCACAAAUCCUAAACAAAUCAAAGGAUCUGACGGAGUUGGAAAAAGUCGUAAGGAGAAAAAUCAAAGCAAGUCUAUAACAAGUACUAGUACUACUAUUACCAGCGAAUAUAUCUAUGUGCCUGAUGACAAGAAGAUAUAUAUUCCUGACAAAAAUAAGAUUCCGGAAGAUGAUAUUUUAGAGUCCCCAGUAGGUCAAUCCAAAAAACGUUCGUGCAAGGCUGAAUCCCCAAUACGAAACACAAAUAAUGGCAAGAAAGACAACAAGGUACAUGCAACAGAAGAAAAUUAUCAAGAAGGUAACAUAGAUGCAGAUUUGGAGUCAAUGUCUACUAAAGUGGCUCAUCGACCGGAAGCAGUUUGUCCAUUUUGCUGGAAGCAUUUGACAGACAAACUUGCUGGAUCUGUUCAUAUUAAGGCUUGUGCAAAAAAUCUUCCUUUAAAUCAAAUAUUUGAGGCUCUCCAGCUUCAAGAGAAACAAAUCAAAGAGUGGGAAGGUUUAGGGAUUGCAUAUCCUGGUUUCCACGGAGGACCUUCGUCGUCUGCUGCUGUCGGUUCCCGUCGAGGAGGCUGUGCUAAUUCUAGAACUGGAAAUAAAGCUUCACGUCCCACUAGGCGAAAGAAGCAAGACCCAGAACUAGAAUUGGCAAUAGCACUUUCGGAAUCACUUCAUGAGGAAGUUGAGAGGAGGAAACAGAAUGAAAAUGCUUUCAUUGUUGAGAACGAUCUUCAGGGAGAAAUUGAAAUACGACCUGUCAUCCAAAUACCUAAUAUUAUGGUCCAACAAACAAAGUCCAAACCAAGUAAGCCUGUCAGAAGGGGGAAAAGAGGAAAUUUGGCACUCCUCCCUUUGUGCACUGCAACCGAUAGUGAUAAGAAAUCCGAAAUUGAGAAGCGUCUUGGGACGAUCUUGGACGAAAGCGAAGCAAAUUGUAAUAAACAUGAAGACUUUAAUGUUAGAGAGAAUCCAAGUCAUGGCUUGUUACAACUUUCUAAACGAUUGGAAAAGUACAAGAUCAAAACAAGUCCUCUUUGGUCUUUAGCCAGUUCUGCUUCUUCAUCCUUUGAUUCUCCCAGAACAUAUUCGAUUAGUGCAGUUUCUGACGCUAAAUCUCGAUUACUUGCGGAAUUGGGAAACUCCGUUCAGACAGACCUGGGUUCACUUAAAAAAGUUCACACUACAAGUAGUCCCGAAUCAACGAGGCCAAACUGUGUCGUCCCUGAAGUAAAAAUCGUCAGCAAUUCAUCACGAUUACAAAACAAUAAGUGUGAAAUUACGCCCCCGAAAGUCAUCACAGUCGACGCACCCAAUUUAAAUAAUAACUGCAAAAGUUCAUCAUCCACCCCACUGCUGUCAAAACUUAGUAAUGAUUUGCUUCAGAUAUUCGUGAAUAAGGAAAUGACUGAUCUGACAGUAUAUGGCAGAGAAGAGAAACCAAUCAAAGCUCAUAAAUUGAUCAUCAUGGCACGAUGUCGUAAACUUUAUUCUGAAAUUGUACAGGAGAAUACAUCAAACGGGAAAACUGUGCGAGAUAUUAUUUCAUUAACGUGUUUCUCUCACCUUGCUGUGAAGGCUUUUGUAAAAUUCUUGUACUGUGGUAAACUAAAGCCACUGGAAGGACAGGACUUUUUGGAUGUGUUGGAGUUGGGUUCAAGAUAUGGUAUUCAAUUGACGGAGGUGGUCGUGACCACCUCUACCACUAGUACUGCUGCUAAUACUACCACGACAAACUCUGCCAAAUCUGGCAUACUAGUAGAAGACAAACACCGCUCUACACCCCAACUGGUCACUCCGCCCACACAUCAUAACCUGCCCAUAUCCAAAUGUACCACAAGAGAAUCAGUUGACUUGGAUAAACAACAUUGUGUUGAAUUGAUGUGUUCUACUUCAAUCAAUAAACCUCCAAAUUUGCAAUUAAGAGAAAGUUGCAAUCGAAAUCGAAGUGUUCGUUCCAAUAUGAGUUUGGACCUUUUUCUAGAUGAAGAGGACGCGCUGAAGACCGAAACUAAUUUACUAGGACCUAAAAAUGACAAGUCAAUGCAACAACAAAAUAUUCAGGAAUGCACGCUGGGUAAUCAGAAUGACAAGGAUGAUGAUGAUGAUGAUAAUGAAGAUGCGGGAUCAAGAGAUAUGUUUGAAGAUUUGGAAGACUUUGAAGAAGAGUAUAUCAGUGAACUUAAGAUAAACAAUGAAGAUCAACAGAAUCCCGUAUCAACAAAACACAAGAACAGCGAUGCUGAUGACGAUAAUUCAAAAAUCAUAAUCGACGAUGAACUAAAUCCAGUAAUAGACUCGCAACAUCGAGUUUUACUGUCACCAAAACAUUAUAAAAGUCCACAAGACCUGGCUUCGCUGUUCCCCCCUUGUUAUAAUUUCACAACAUCUCAAGUGGCAGGAUAUAUUGAUUUUAUAUCUUCUCUAAAUCGGGAUGAGUCACAGGCAAAUAAAAAACAUAAGUUGAUAGACAUUGAGGAAAUAGAUGACGACAAUGUAGUGUUAAAUAUAUAUAGUGAUUCAAGUAGAGUUGUAAAUCUUGACCAAAGUAAAAAGACGUUUAAGAAAUUAAAAAAAGAUUCAAGUAGUAGUUCGUUCCAAAGAGAAAUUAUGACACUUCAUGAGAGCCACGUUGCUACUACCCUUUCCGAAUGUAACAAUAGUUUCCAGUUAUCGCCUCUUAAUUCUUACCGUGAUCCUUGUGUUUUUCCUGAACAGUAUGGACAAAGUCCUUCUUGUGUGGAUCGUGUCGAACCCGUCAAAGAAAAUAUUAUUGAAGAUGAUCCUUUUGGAAAUGAUGAUGACGACUGCUUCCUCAACCUUCCUUCCGUCCUGCUUCAAAAUCAUUCGCCUCUUCCCCCAUGUCCUUCUCCUAUUUCUAACAAAAAGAACAAAUCUGCUGUACCGCAAUCAGACCUCGUCCCAAUUCCUAGUCGUAGUAACACUGACACAUUUAGUCAGAAUCUUGAAUUGAAUUGUCAAAAUCCAUUCAACGGAAAGGGAAAGGCAGGUAAAAGUAAUAAUGGUAGAAAAAAUCAAAGACAAAAAAGGGCUUUAUCUCAAGAGCCUACUCCAACUAGAAAGGUUACCCAGUCCACACCUAACAAACGACCCUCUGCUCAACAAAAAGGCAACAUGAACUACAGCACCAUCGACACCCCCAUAUUAAAGAAAGAGCUUAAACGAUAUGGAUUAAAACCAAUGCCGAGAUCUAAGGCGAAACUAAUUCUUCGGCACAUUGACGAGCAAAUUCAGCAACGUUAAUGAUUAAUAGUUCAUUUUUAUGUUGAAGCAGUUCGUAAAGUAUAAAGUACUUAUAUGUAAUAUCAAAAGAAUGUAUUACAAAAUUUUGAGUUUAUUUCAUUACAUAAUUAUAUGUGUACGUAAUAAUUGGUGACAUUAAAUUAUCAUGUAAAUAAAUGUAAAACCUGUCCUUCAAAAAUUAA